AAAGUAUCAUCAUUAAAACCAUUAAGCAGCGGCCAUAACUUGGUAUUAAAAGUUAUUAGCACUAGAGUUGUUAUUGAAAAAGAUAUAGAUAAAAAAGAAAUUAUUUCAGAAGCUGUUGUUGGUGAUGAAACUGGUGUUAUUACUCUUACUGUUAAAAAUGAACAAAAUGAUGUUGUUCAACCAGGUAACACAAUCAUCCUCAGAAAUGGUUUGAUUAAAGUUUUUAAUGGUUAUAUGAGACUCAAAGUUGAUAUUUGGGGAAAUAUUAAGUUAUCACCAACCGAAGCAGAUUUUAUAGUAGACACUUCAAAUGACUUAUCAGCAAUCGAAUAUGAAUUAAAGAGAAAUUAA